AUGGCUUCAUCCCCCGGAGGGAUCCCCGCUGAGCUGCAAGAGGGCAUCACCGCCUUCCUGGGGACAAAGAAGGUCCUGCUGGUGAUGAGUGUCCAGCUGCAGGUGAAAGCCCAGUAUGACGACUUCAUCUUGGUGCUGACGCCCUGGCGGGCCUACGUGCUGCCCGUGAUGCUGCCGGUGAAAGUUCACAGCAGCUUCAGCUUCCUGGAGGUGAGGGGGAUGACGGUGCGAGAGCCCAGCUUGGUUGUCAUAGAAACGGAUGCAGCGUCUUACGCCUUCCGGUUCAUGUCCUUUGAUGAUUUGGAGCAAGUUGUCAUCCAUGUGACCAUGUCACUUAAGAAGGUCUUUCCAGACUCGUCCCCUGGGACGCUGCUCAAGAACUCCCCCCCCAACCUGUAUGAGAGGAUCCGACAGAUCACGGACUCACUGGAGGAAAUGCUGCAGAGCAGCCCCGGGCCCUGCGGGGGGUUUUCGGAGACCUACGCUGCUUUAUGUGAUUACAACGGCUUUGCCUUCCGUGAGGAGAUCCAGUGGGACGUGGACAACAUCUACCACAGCCAGGACUGCCGGGAGUUCGACCUGCUGGACUUCAGCCACCUGGAGAGCCGAGAUGUGGCACUGAGCGUUGCUGCCUUGUCCUUCAACCUGUGGUUCACCAAGCUCUCCUGCAAGGACUUCAGGCUGAACCAGGAGAUUUCGGAGCAGCUGCUCUACAUGCUCAGCAAAUCGGUGAUGCUGGAGGAGCUCGUGCUGGAAAACAGUGGGUUGAAAGCUGACUUUGCGCAGAGGAUGGCCCAGGCACUCAGCAACCAUCCCGACUCUGUUCUGCACACUAUCAACCUUGCUGGCAACCAGCUGGAAGACAGAGGGAUCGUGGCCUUCAGCCGGCACGUGGAGAAGAGUCCUAAGGGUCUGCAGAGCCUCAACUUGGCCAGGACGAUGCUCACUGCCAAAGGGAUGAGCACAUUAUGCAAGGCCCUCGCGGAAAACAAAGCUAUCGGAUCCUCCCUCCGGCACUUGGACCUCUCCGGAAACCCCUGCACUCUGGCUGGGGACGACAUCAGCAACCUGCAGAGCCUCCUCCGCCAGUGCCACUCGCUCUCCCACCUCAGUCUGUCCGGCACGGACUGCCCUUUGGAUGCUCUCUUUGGAGCCCUGGUCCAUGGAUGCCACACCAGCCUCGUCCAUCUGGAUCUCUCCAAAAAUGUGUACUCUCACAAGAAGGUGAAAACCAUCUCCCCUCACAUCAAGGAGUUUUUCAGCCAGGCCUGUGCCCUCAGGCAUGUCUCCCUGGCGGGUACCAAGCUGCCAGCGGACGCCGUAAGGGCAUUGCUGCAGGGGCUGGCAGACAACAGUCGCAUCAGUGACCUCCGCCUGGAUCUUAGCAACUGCGAGCUGAGAUCAGCGGGGGCCCAAGUCAUCCAGGAUCUCAUCCCCGACGCCAGCUCUAUCAGCGACCUGGACUUGUCUGACAACAGCUUCGACACCGACAUGGUGACGCUGGUGCUCUCCAUUGGCAGAAGCAAGUCCAUUAGGCAUGUCUCUCUGGGGAAAAACUUCAACAUCAAAUCCAAGGACGGGUUGUUGGACGUCCUGCACCGCAUUGUCCAGCUCACCCAGGAGGACGACUGCCCUCUCCAGUCCCUGUCCGUGGCCGAAUCGCGCCUCAAGCUGGGAACCAACGUCCUGCUGAGUGCCCUGGGCAGUGACACCAGCCUUAUCGCUCUGGACAUCAGUGGCAAUGCCAUGGGGGACACGGGGGCCAAGAUGCUAGCCAAGGCCCUACAGAUCAACACCAAGCUCAGGACCGUGGUUUGGGACAGGAACAACACAACUGCCCAUGGGCUCCUGGAGGUGGCUCAAGCUUUGGAGAGGAAUUACACCCUCAAGUCGAUGCCCUUGCCCAUGAGCGACGUGGCGCAGGCGUACCGCAGCAACCCCGAGAAAACGGAGGAGGCCGUGCACAAGCUCCAGUCCUGCCUGACGAGGAACCAGCUGCGGCGUACGCUGCCGGCGCAGACCUUCCGGCUCCAGCAAGGCAUCCUCACCACCUCUUCCGAACAGAUGGUGAAUGAGAUCUGCCUGAGCGUGCAGAAGCAUGUUGACAUCCUGAGCGCCUGCCCGGGCAGGGAGAUGGAGGCGGACAUCCUCUGCGCGGAGGAGGCCAUCAGGAACGCCAACCUCUCUGUCAGC